AUGGCACCAAAAGAAGAUAGGAAAGACCCGACUUGGGCUUACUCUGCAAGAGUUAACAAGACCAACAAGAUGGCCAUUAGAUGUCUUUUUUGUGAUAAAAUUACAAAUGGAGGAAUCUAUCGUCAAAAAACGCAUCUAAUCAGUGGUGAUCCAAAUGUCGCAUCUUGUCCUAAAGUUCCGGGGCAUGUGAAGGAAGAAUUGAAAGCAUGCCUUCAAAAAAAGAAAGAGUUAAAGACUCAAAUGAUUCAUGAACAAGAACUUUAUAAUCUUGAUGAUGAUGAUGAAACAGAAGAAGGUGACGAUGCUUCGUCGCUUCCACCAAAAUCACAAAAGCGGGGAAGGAUGCUUCCACCAAUGUCUUCUAGUUGUGGAUCUACUGGCAAGACCAAAGGUCCUAUGGAUUGUUACUUCCCGCAAAUAUCUGGAGAUAAGGGAGGAAAAAGUGGUAAUCCUCAAGUUGAUGCCAAAGCGAUUUUGAGGGACCAUGCAGUUACCUUUUUUGCCCGGUGGAUGUAUGAUGUAGGUCUUCCUUUUAAUUGUGUUAAUUAUACUGACACUUUUGCUGCUUUUAUUGAGGUCGUAGGCCAAUAUGGCCCAGGAAUGAAACCUCCAACUUAUUNGCCUCCAACAUAUCAUGAAGUUAGAGGGUCAUAUCUAAAAAAAGAGGUGGCAGAGGUGAACAAAAUCGUGGAGGAGCACAAAGUAGAAUGGAACAAGUUUGGUUGUUCCAUUAUGAUGGAUAAGUGGACGGCGAGAAAUGGAAAAAUGAUCAUCAAUAUCUUGGUGAAUUCUCCUAAGGGAAGCCUGUUUCUUGAGUCCGUUGAUGCAAGCGACUCUUCGACUGAUUCAACCAAAAUGUACUCCUUGUUCAAGAGUACAAUAGACUCUAUUGGAGCAGAAAAUGUUGUUCAAGUUGUCACGGACAAUGCCAGUGAAAAUGUUAAAGCUGGUGAUAUGAUGUCUGCUUGCUACCCGCAUAUCUAUUGGACUCUGUGUGCAGCACAUUCUGUUAAUUUGAUCUUCGGUGAUAUUUUCAAGGAAAGACCCUUCAGUACUGUCUUUAAUCAAGCAAUUAGAGUGCAUUCCUAUAUUGUUCAAAGGCCUUUGUUAUUGAACAUGAUGAAGAGAUUCACUAAACAAAAAAGCUUGGUGAAACCUGCAAAGACAAGAUUUGCUACUGCUUUCUUGACUUUGGCUAGGAUGUAUGAGCAAAAAAGCAAUUUGAAAAAGUUGUUUGUUUCAGAUGAGUACACUAGCAGUGCCUAUGGAAGGGAAGCUCGAGGGAGAGAAUCUGCAGAUAUUAUACUUUCUCCUUCAUACUGGAACAAUAUGGUUCAUGCAUUGAAGAUUGGUGGUCCUUCAGUUAAAGUGCUUCGUUUGGUGGAUGGGGGCAACGGCCACCAAUGGGCUACCUCUGGACUUGUUUUGAACCCGGAACUGUUUUACGACAAUGAAGAGAGGAUUCUAGGAGAUGAACCUUUGUGGAAUGGAUACUAUGAAUGUAUUAAGAAGUUGAUACCUGAAGAAUCCGUGCAAGAUAAAAUCACAGAGCAAUUUAGUAUUUAUAGGAAUGCUCAGCAACUUUUUGGAAAAAACAUGGCCAUUAGACACAGAAAGACGAAGUCACCAAGUGAGCGAAUUCAUACCAAAAAGAGGAAUAAACUAACCUUGAAGCGUCUCAAUGAUCUAGUCUUCAUUAAGUACAAUAGAACAUUGAGGCGUCGUUACAACGCUCGCAAUGUAAUUGAUCCAAUUAGUUUGGACAACAUCGAUGAUACUAAUGAAUGGCUAACUGGAGUCCUGGAAGAUCAUGCAGAUUAA